AUGGAACAGAAUCUGAAGCUCACCACCAGUGAUGGUGAUCUUCUGUCGAACCCGAGCCCCUAUCGUCGACUUGUUGGCCGUCUCAUUUACCUCACCAUCACUCGAACUGACAUUGCCUUUACAGUCAACAUACUCAAUCAGUUCAUGCAUGCACCUCGAGCUCCUCAUUUGACUGCUGCUCAUCGGGUUCUUCGCUAUCUGAAGAGCACUUCAGGUCAUGGCAUUUUCUUUGCAGCCUCCAGUGGUCUUCAGCUCACUGCCUACACAGUUUCAGACUGGGCUAGCUGCCCAACCACUCGUCAUUCUACUACUGGCUACUUCAUCCAACUCGGGACCAAUCCCAUUUCUUGGCGCACCAAGAAAUAG